CAACUCUUCCUAGCAGCUUACAUUGUGGCGGCUCCGCGGCGGCAAUGGCUACCAGUAACAGGAAAAUGAGGGCGUUCAAAAAAUGGAUGAACUGGAAAGGCGUAGAGUGGAGCGACGCUUUGGAGCUAGUCGCAACGGAAUCCUCCGUCUUCGUCAGAGCGGUAGGCGAUUUGCACGAAGGCGAUUUGGUGGCGAAAAUCCCGAAGGAGAGCUGCUUGACGAUAAAAACUUGUGGUGCUCGGCAAAUAAUCGAGGAAGCUGAGCUUGACGGAUACUUAGGCCUGGCCGUGGCGCUGAUGUAUGAAAGGAGUCUCGGACCGGUUUCUCCUUGGUUUGGUUAUCUUCAGCUGCUGCCACAUUCUGAGCCUAUUCCGUUGCUUUGGUCGCUCUCCGAAAUCAACUCUCUUCUCGCUGGCACUGAGCUCCACAAGAUAAUUAAAGAAGACAAGGUUCUUAUCCAUGAGGACUGGAAAGAGUGCAUCCAGCCUCUUUUGGACAAUGCUUCAUUGGGGCUUAACCCGGAAGGCUUUGGUAUUGAAGAAUAUUUUGCGGCAAGAAGUCUUAUUUCUUCUCGAUCAUUUCAAAUUGAUGAUUACCAUGGAUUUGGGAUGGUUCCCCUGGCAGACCUUUUUAAUCACAAGACUGGUGCUGAGGAUGUGCACUUCACAUCCAUAUCCUCUGAUUCUGAAUCAGAUAGUGACGCAGAUGAUAACAAUAGUAACACUGAGUAUCAGAAUAAUAGUGACCAUGAGCCAAUUAGCAAAAAUCCACAUUCAGAAGGAGAUUCUUUGAGUGGGAGUGACUUAGAUUCUUCUUCAAUGUCUGGGAAUGACCCUACAGCUCUAGAAAUGAUCAUGGUGAAAAAUGUCAAAGCUGGAGUUGAGGUAUUUAAUACAUAUGGAUACAUAGGCAAUGCUGCGUUGCUGCAUAGAUAUGGAUUCACAGAACCAGAUAAUCCGUAUGAUAUUUUGAACUUAGAUCUUGAACUGGUACUUCAGUGGAGUUCAUCUCGAUUCUCAUACCGUCACAGUAGGAGGAGGUUAUCACUAUGGAGAGAGUUGGGUUAUUCUGGAUGCGUCAGUCAAGACUCUGAAUAUUUUGAAAUCUCAUAUUAUGGGGAACCCCAAAUUGAGUUAAUAAUUUUGCUUUACAUAUUGUUGUUGUCAGAAGAAGCAUAUAGUGAAGUUAAUCUUGCUGUGUCUACAAUGGGUGAUGUUGAAAAUUCUUGGCAACUCUUUUUAUCAAAGCAAGGAGUUCCAUUGGAAAAUGGAUCAGAACUUAGCAAGAAUUCAUUGCUUACAGAAAGCGUUUGCUUGGCUCUCUUGUCACUAGCAGAUGCCCGGGAAAGUUUAUAUGGUUCAAAUUCUCUCAGAAAUGAUAUCAAAGAGCUGGAUAGGUGCUCUCAGCUAAGCGAACCUAAACAGUAUCACUCUCUCGUGCUACGUAUAAGUGAGAGGAAGAUCCUUCAGAAAUUAAGGACUUACGCCUCAGCAGGUGCUACAACGAAGAAAGGUACAAAAAGGAAAGGUAAAAGAAGCCGCAUGAAGACACAAGACGCCACCCGGUAGCAUUCUUGGUCUGUGCUAUACACAUGACAGGGCAUCUACCUAUAAUACAUAGUUGAAAGUUGAAAUAACAGUACAAGGUAUCUACACAAGGAAAAUGUAAGCGAGACAACAUUUGGGGCUUGACAGUUGACAGUUGACAGGUUCUAUCUAUCUAUGACUGUUAAUACUAAUUGAUUACUCGACAGUUCCCUCGUACUUCUCCAUUAGAACCAUCUUUGACAUCCAGUGUUCCCAUCUUCACCAUAGCUUGCUGGAAAUCGAAGAAGAACAUGGCCUGGUUCAUGGCGUAGCCAUUGACGAAGCCUCUAGUUCUGGGGCUGGAAUACAGGGUCUGAUCGGAGAAGAGAACGCCGUUCUUCCUCAUCAAGGCAUAGAAGUAAUCGUUGUCGAAAGAGUUUCUGGACGAGUCGAACGGCUGCUCUGCAGUGUCGCCUGCACUGCACGUUCUCGACAGCGUCUGGGCGAACUGAGCCUCCAUCGAUGGAUCCACUUCGUGAGUCGUGUCGAAGUUGCUUAGUCUGUGCUUGAAUGAGGAGCACCUUGCCACUCCUAGGGUGUGUGCACCUAAUUUAUUAAAACAAUAUCAUCUCCUUGUAAAUUAAUUUGAUUUUAGAAUGAAUAGAUUGUGUGGCUUUUAAGUAUGGAAACAUAAAAAUUACCAGACAAAACCACCAUUUCUUGAGCACUAAAGCCAUGCUGGUCAAACAUCUUGAUAAGCUCAGAAGUGUUGAGAGUGGGAGAUGGUAGAUUUCUAGUGUCCUCAAUUCUUGACCUUCUUCCAUCCUUUCUUCCUUUAGGUAUGUCAUAAACUGGUCCCCCAGA